CCACUUUGAAAUCACCAUCACGGCGAUCACCUGCUAAGCCGAAGGGCUGGUUACAAAGUCUAGCUCCCUUACUUCAACCAUGGCGUACCGAGUGCUGGAAGUCACCCUCCUGUCGGCCAAGGACCUGAAGAACGUCAACCUGAUCACACGCAUGGCGGUGUACGCCGUUGCCACCAUCUCCGGCGACCCUAUCACGCGGCAGUGCACCCCGCCGGACACCCAGGGUGGCCGCAACCCGACCUGGAACGCCACGCUCCGGUUCGCGGUCCCGCCCACCGCCGAGGCGACCGCGGGCGGCGGCUGCCUCCACAUCCUCCUUCGCGUAGAGCGCAUGUUCGGCACCGACCGUGAUGUCGGCGAGGUCAUCGUGCCCCUGGCGGAGGUCCUCGCCGGCGUCGGCGACCACGGCGGCGACGACCUCGGCGGCCCCACACUGCCGCAGUUCGCCUCCUACCAGAUCCUCAAGGUGCACCGCACCGAGACCCGCGGUGUGCUCUACCUGACGUAUCGUCUCGGCCCCGUCAUCACGCCGCAGCGGGUGCCCUGGGAAAGUGACGACGAGGAGGAGGAGCCCGUCGUGGCGUACCCGUCACCAGAGAAACCGAUGCCGCCGCCACCGCAAGCUUUCUGGCCCGGGCAAUUGGGCCCGCCGCCUCAACCCCAAGCUUUCUGGCCCGGGCACGUGCCUGCGCCGCCGAGUGCGAAACCUGCUGUCCAGGCCGGCUAUGGGGCGGUGCCGUCUUCGACUGCGAAAAUUACCCCUGCCGGCUAUGGGGCUGUGCCGUCUUCGACCACGAAACCGCCCGGGCAUGUGGCCGCAGCGACGUCUCCGAAACCUUCCGGGUACGAGGCCGUGCCAUCACCUCCAAAACCAGCAGGCGUCAGACCGGCAUCUCCAAAGCCUGCCGGACAUGUUAUCGUGGCACCGUCUCCGAUACCAUACGGUCAGGCGUUGUCCAUGCCACCUUCUCCGAAACCAGCCGGUCGUGUGGUGUCCAUGCCGCCAUCUCCGAAACCAGCCGGGCAGGCGGUGUCCAUGCCGCCUUCUCCAAAACCAGUCGAACGUGUGGUGUCCAUGCCGCCGUCUCGGACACCGCCGGAGCCUGUGGUGUCCAAGCCGCCGUCAACAAAUCCAUUGGGGCGUGUGGUGUCCAUGCCGCCGUCUCGGGCACCGGCCGGGCCUGUGGUGUCGGUGCCCCCGUCAACAAAUCCAAUGGGGCGUGUGGUGUCCAUGCCUCCUUCUCCGAAACCAUCCGGCCAGGUGGUGUCCAUGCCUCCUUCUCCGAAACCAUCCAGCCAGGUGGUGUCCAUGCCGCCGCCUCAGAAACAAGCCGCGCAGCAUGUCUCCGUGCCGUCGUCUCCAAAACCAGCGGGGCAAGUGGCCGUGCCACCGUCUUCAAAACCUUCUGGGUACGUCUCCGUGCCUUCGUUUCAGAAACCAGCUGCACAUGUGACCAUGCCGCCGUCCCCGAAACCAGCGGGUCAUCAUCAUGCCGUGCCGCCGUCUCCGAAACCCGCCGGACAUGUAACUCUGCCGCCCUCAACUCUGAAACCAUCUGGUCAUGCCAUGCCAACUUCACCAAAGCCAACCGAACAUGUGUCCAUGCCAUUGUCUCCAGCACCAUACGGCCAUGCGUUCGUGCCGCCCUCUCAGAAGCAAGCUGCCGGACAUGUGACCGUACCGCCGUCUCCAGCACCAUACGGUCAUGUGUCUGUGCCGCCGUCUCCGAAACCAGCUAUCCUUGUCCCCUUGUCACCGCCUCCGAAGCCAGCCCCGAUCAUUGCCAAUUUGCCAGCGACGACGACUAACAGCAGCAACAUGGAGUUCGGGUGGGGACUUGGCGCCGGCCUGGUCAGCGGCGCGAUCAGCGGGAUGCUGGCAGGCGGCAAGAGAGGAGAAGCGACCGCUUUUUCACCGGAAGCCGCUCCGUUCAGCCGUAGCCGUAAAGUGUCUGUGUCUAAGUCUAAGAAGUACGGCACAGAUGUUUACACGCAGUAAUGGAGUAGUAAGAUCCGUAGCUUUAUUUAGCUUGAUAUAACAGUUACAUAAACACUUGUACUACAAUGUACUGGAUGGCAUUAUCCAGGUGUGCCGGUCUGGGAUGACUCGGCUUAUGGCUAGCUUGGCAAUGAUGUAUGUAUUGUUUUUGGACUAUGAUUCUACACUCAUAAUUAACUUUCAUGAUA